AUGGCCGCCGCCUACCCCUCCUCCACCGGCACCUUCCAGCCCAAACCCAUCACCCACAUCCGCCCGCACCCGCGGCACGUACUCCCCGAAGAACGCGUCGGGAAAGAAGGCCUGCAGGUGUCGACGACGCUGUGGAUGCCGGGCGUCGUGUUCCAUAGGACGUCGCAUUGUAUUGUGCGGUAUGAGAAGACGGUGCAGUGGGUCGUUUAUGAGUGUUUGGAGACGCAUGAGAGUUCGAUGGUGACGCAUCCAAGCUACCAACAGGUCUGGCGCGCGAUCUCGUCCACGACCGCCCGUCAACCCAACACGAGGCCCGUCACUCCCGUGCCGGAGGGCCAGCAGCAGCAGCAAAACUAA